CGCGUGCUGUCGAUGUGCUUGACUGUACCUGGCACAUGUGAGCUCACAUACACCAUCAUCAAUCGUGCACUACAACCCCGACGUCGACAAGAUAUCUUGCCUUCUUUUAACAAGUUCUCCAGUACAGGUUGUUCGGCCAGAGUCAAGUUUCACUGCAGUGUGGUUUGAUCUUCACACCAACACAAGCCCUAUUUCCCUCAUCCCAUCAUGGCGAGCGGCUAUGAUCGCGCAUUGUCCGUCUUCAGCCCUGACGGGCACGUCUUCCAGGUUGAAUACGCCUUGGAGGCGGUCAAGAGAGGAACUUGUGCGGUUGCCGUGAAAGGAUCUGCCAAAGGCGAACAAUGUGUUGUCCUUGGAUGUGAGAAGCGUUCAGCACUCAAACUACAGGACACCCGCAUCACACCGUCAAAGAUCAGCAUGCUUGACACACACGUAUGCUUGGCCUUUGCCGGAUUGAACGCCGAUGCUCGUAUCCUCGUCGACAAGGCGCGUCUGGAAGCACAAUCGCAUCGUCUCACCGUGGAGGACCCUGUCAGUGUGGAGUACAUUACGAAAUAUGUUGCUGGUGUUCAGCAGAGAUACACACAGUCCGGAGGUGUCAGACCAUUCGGCAUCUCCACAUUGAUCGUUGGAUUCGACCCUGGCAGCAACGAGGCCCGACUAUACCAGACCGAGCCUUCAGGGAUCUACAGCGCAUGGAAAGCAAACGCAAUCGGCCGCUCCUCAAAGACUGUCCGCGAAUUCCUGGAGCGAAAUCACAAAGACGACAUGAAGCGCGACGAGACCAUCGAACUUACAAUCAAAUCUCUACUCGAAGUCGUACAGACAGGUGCGAAGAACAUCGAGAUUGCGAUCAUGGCUCCCGGCAAGACAGUUGAGAUGCUGCCAAGCGAGGAAAUCGAGAAGAUCGUCGAGAAGAUCAACAAGGACAAAGACGCGGCGGCAGAGGCAAAUGCCAGCAGACGAGGAGGUGCUCGCGCAGCCGCUGGUGAUGCAGCAAGUAGUGCACAAGGUCCAGAGCAGGUACUCGUAACACGGCCGGCCGGCGAAGGAGCGCAGGGAGAGUAAGGACCGGGGUCUUCAUGAUGAGGACGAAGGGAAUUGAUAUGCAGAAACGACGUCAAAAACGAGAUGAAUGUGAUGCGAGUGAAGAGCCUCACAUGGAAUACUUGUACUAUAUCCGUCAGGGCUAAGAUGACGAAUAGAAACUUUUCUAUGGUAGAAAAACGACGGGAUACAUGUUCACAGCAUUCCUCCUCGACAAUAUCUAGCUCUGUCGCAUCGGCGUUUUGCAUGUGGGUGCGAGACACCUGCGAUGAAAUGCACCAGGACAGCUACCUACAAUACAUCACAAUGUGUGGCUAAGCACGAGAUUGAUGAAGCCAUGUUCCAAAUAUGAUGAGUUUUUGAAAUACAACGUAUCUUUCAGCGAAGCAAAGAAUAUCCCUAGGGGAAUCAAAUAAAAACACAUACAAACGCCG